CGGUUGUCCGUGCCGCUCGCCCAAUUGAAUUAAAUUAAUUUGUUGGCCACGAACAAAUUAAGCCGUAAUUAAUUUUUUUGUUUAUUUUAGUUCUGUGUUUUUGUAAUGUCUUAAUUUUAAUUGUGAUUAAAGUGAACUCGUCAUGUUUGGAAAGCUUUCAUCGUUUUAAAUUUGUGAAUGGAAAAAGAAGAGAAAAGAAUUGCAAACCAAUUAGGCAGUGGCAAAUGUUGGAUAUAGGAGUGGACGAGGUGUGAAGAAAGCUACUGUUCAUUCGAACUUACUCUUUUAAUAAUAACAUCCACAAUCGAAAGUGUGAUAAACUUUUACGUGAAAAAAGUUUAGUGCCUUCAACGCUUUACAUAUUGACAUAUAAAAAAAUUACUCAUUCUCGAAGCACAAAUGCAGAAAAUGCCUUCUCAAAUCAUUCCGGACGGCACAAACGCCAACAGUGCCACCAAUGAAAUCAAAGUGAAAACGGCCUACAAUGGCGAAAUAAUGAUAACCUACAUCGAGGAAAAUAUUACUUAUGAGAAUCUAUGCCAUGAGAUACGCGGCAUAUGCCGUUUUCCAUCUGAUCAGCCUUUCACCAUUAAAUGGGUGGACGAAGAGAAUGAUCCUUGUACUAUAACUACGCAAAUGGAAUUGGACGAGGCCAUACGCUUGUAUGAAAUCAAUCGUGACUCCGAACUGGUUAUACAUGGACAACGACAGGAUGCCUUCUGAUGUCGCCGCAAAAUCACCUGCACGACGAAGCCGAUAUGCUCCCUAUUAUGGAUCAUAACACAAUGCUCUGCAGGCAGUUUCUAGUUGGGAGCCACAAAUAGACAAAUGAUCGCUGAUGAGCCCUCGCCAAGGCACUUCAGGAGGCAUCUCAACGAACUGACGGACAAAGUCCCGAGAUUCAUCAAGCAGCCUCUGGAUCCGUCAGCUUACCGACAGGUCUUUACCGACGGCAUUUACAGAGAGGCAGUCUUCGAGUUAUAUGGACUCUCGGCAUAUGGACAUACCUCAUCGAGGCUGCACGCUUCCUGGGUCUACCGCUAGUAGAGCUUGACUACAACGAUUGUGGGACUAACCGAUUUGGGCGGGGUUUUUGUAGCCGCUACAACAACAAAAACAACUAAACAUUUUAUUCGAUAUACUUACGUACAUAAUUGUAAUGAGCCUAAGUGUUACUAUAAAAUCUUUCGGUUUAAUGUAUCUUUUAUUGCGUGAUAUUGCAUGUUGUUCAAAAGGACGAAAAAAACAGAUCACGCUCGGCCCACAGUGAUAUUUGGUCCCAAAUUCGUGCCUAUAAAGCCAGGUCCCGACCGUUGCAUCUGUUCCUAUGAUUAGUGUGAAAAUGUUAGUUGACGCAGCGCUCUGAAAAGUAAAAAUUGAAUGCUAAAGUUUAAAAGAACGCCAAAAGCCAUAGAGGCGAUCGAUUUUAGUUUUGUAAAACAGGAUUUUCUUCCACAGAUCUGUUCUAUAUAAGGUUUAAUUUAAAU